AUGCAGUCUUUGAGGUUCAUCUCAGCAAGUUUUGUACUGCUAUUAUCAAUUUCAUUCACCACUUCAGUUCCAAUUGAUGAAGCUUUCAACCAUUGUCUAACGUUCCAUUGUCAAACUCCUAAACAAUUUUACUCUUCAAUCUACACAUCUACCAAUGGUUCUUUCACUUCCAUCCUUGAGUCCACUGCCCAAAAUCUAAGGUACUUGUUGCCCUCAGUGCCAAAACCAGAUUUCAUAUUCACCCCACUUGAUGACUCUCAAGUCCAAGCAGCAGUUGUUUGUGCAAAACAGCUUGGUAUUCACAUGAGAGUGCGAAGUGGGGGACAUGACUAUGAAGGGCUCUCUUAUGUUUCCCUUAUUGAGAAGCCAUUCAUGAUCCUGGACUUGGCCAAACUUCGUGCAGUGAAUGUUGAUAUUGCACACAACACGGCUUGGAUCCAAGCUGGGGCCACUAUUGGUGAAGUUUAUUACAGAAUUUCGGAGAAAAGUUCAGUCCAUGGCUUCCCUGCUGGCCUUUGCACAACCUUGGGAAUUGGAGGGCACAUCACAGGAGGUGCAUAUGGUUCCAUGAUGAGAAAGUAUGGUCUUGGUGCUGACAAUGUUCUAGAUGCUAGAAUUGUUGAUGCUAAUGGGAGGGUUCUUGAUAGAGCAGCCAUGGGGGAGGACCUAUUUUGGGCAAUAAGAGGAGGUGGUGGAGGCAGCUUUGGAGUUAUUCUGUGGUGGAAGAUCAAGCUGGUUCCUGUGCCACAAACUGUGACUGUUUUCACAGUGACCAAGACCUUGGAACAAGGAGGGAACAAGCUUCUUCAUACAUGGCAGAAAGUGGCUCCAAAGAUUGAUGAUGAUCUCUUCAUCAGAGUGAUCAUUCAACCAGGGAAUGGCAGUGUUCCUGGCAAGAGAACAGUAACCACCUCUUACAAUGCUCUUUUUCUUGGUGGUGCUGAUAGGCUUCUCCAAGUGAUGAAGCAUGGUUUUCCUGAGUUGGGUUUGACAAGCAAAGAUUGUGUGGAAACUAGCUGGAUCAAAUCUGUGCUUUACAUUGCUGGCUACCCUGAUGGAACAGCCCCAGAAGUUUUGCUCCAAGGGAAGUCCACAUCAAAGGCUUACUUCAAAGCCAAGUCAGACUUUGUGAGGGAAGUAAUCCCAGAGAAGUCCCUGAAUGCCCUGUGGAAAAUUUUUCUGCAGGAUGAUGGUCCCCUAAUGAUUUGGAACCCCUAUGGAGGCAUGAUGAGCAGGAUUACAGAAUCUGCCACCCCUUUCCCUCACAGAAAGGGAGUUCUCUACAAAAUUCAGUAUGUAACUGGAUGGCUUGAUGGAGAAAAGAGUAUGGCAAAGCACAUGAACUGGGUAAGGAAAUUUUAUUCCUACACAGCGCCCUAUGUUUCCAAGUAUCCAAGAGAAACAUAUGUGAAUUAUAGAGAUUUGGAUAUAGGGAUGAACCAGAAAAAUAACACAAGCCUUUCUAAGGCUUGGUCAUGGGGUUAUAGGUAUUUCAAGGGUAACUUCAAAAGGUUAAUAAAAGUGAAAUCUAAAGUUGAUCCAUCUGAUUUCUUUAGGCAUGAACAGAGUAUCCCUCCUUUGCUAACUGCUAAGAGAGGGUAG